CAACCGGAAGCAACGUCACACUCGCACCAUGUUUACCAGCGGCGGACUAGUAGUCCUCAGAAAAAUAGAGCGGUUUCAUUUAGGAAAAUAGCUUAAAACAGAGACUAGAGACCAUAAAGAUUGAGAUGGCAGAUCCCGCGGUGGCGUCAGGGGGUUCACUCAAUGUUGGAGGGCGUCCGGCCAGUGGGAAAGCUGCCUCCAGCCCAGCGGAGAACUACCACCUGGCCCGGCGCCGCACGCUGCAGGUCGUGGUGAGCGCCCUGCUCACAGAGUGUGGCUUUGAAAGCGCAGAGAAGGCUGCUGUGGAGUCCCUCACCGAGAUGAUGCAGAGCUAUAUAACUGAGAUCGGCCGCUGUGCUAAAGCGUACUGUGAACACACAGCCAGGAGCAUCCCUACGCUCUCAGAUACAGUCGUCACGCUCAUUGAAAUGGGUUUCAACGUGGACACUCUGCCGGUGUACGCCAAAAGAUCACAGAGGAUGGUUAUAACUGCCCCUCCAGUGACAAACCCCCCUGUGGUUCCCAAAGCACUAACAGCUGGACAGAAACGCACACACCCCUCUCACAUCCCCAGCCACUUCCCUGAAUUCCCCGACCCCCACACCUAUAUCAAAACCCCGACGUUCAGAGAGCCUGUGUCGGACUACCAGGUGGUGAGGGAGAAGGCAGCGUCCCAGAGGAGAGACGUGGAGCGGGCUCUCACGCGCUUCAUGGCCAAGACCGGGGAAACACAGAGCCUCUUCAAAGACGAUAUCACCGCCUUCCCAUUAAUUGCAGCGCGGCCGAGCAGCAUCCCGUAUCUGAGCGCCCUCCUGCCCUCCGAGCUGGAACUGCAGACUCUGGAGGAGACGGACUCCUCCGAGCAGGACGACCAGACGGACAGCGAGAACACAGCUGGAAACAUCAUCAAUGACGAUCCGGGAACUGACAAGGAGAACUCCAUGCUCCCGCCCAGCGGCGUUGUUCCCUCGGCGAAGGCCAGUGAGGAGAACAUGAUUGACAACCCAUACCUCAGGCCAGUCAAGAAACCCAAAGUGAGGAGGAAGAAAUGAGGAGAGGCCCACUUGACUGGAACAAACAGACUUAGAUUUGCCAUGGCGGUUGGUAAAAAUCAGCAGUCCAGUCCAUGAUUCCCACCUCGGAGAUGCUGAAGCCCAGCGUGGGGGCCGACACCAGCGGCUGCUGUUCCCAACGGCCACAGCCAGUCCUGUCGCUGACUUUGGCAUCGACUUUUAAACUGGCUUACUCCUAUUGAAGAUUGAAAUUUUUUUUUCUACAUUUUGCAUCAAACGUCAUUAUGUUCAGCAAGCACUCACUUAUGUUUAAAAUUUCUUGUGCUCAUUUUGUAAGCAGUGCUGUCUUAGAGUAAUAUAGAAAUAACCAAUUCAGUCAUUUGGUGAAAAAUAAACAGGAAAUAAUGUUCUUUUUUUAACCCUGAAUUUUUUUUUGUUGUUGUCUUGGCAACUGUUUUAUUCCAAAAUGAUUGUUGUUGUCAUCAUCCACAGCCUCACAGUGAAGGACAAUGAUGAGACAAAAACCAUUUUAUAGCGGUUCUUGUGACAGAUUUCUCUCAGUAGUACAAACUCAGGUAUGCCACUCUGCUCCUCUGCUUCAGGAAGUCCUUCUCACAGUGUAGCUGAGGGG